AUGCCCCCGCGGCCGUCGUCCGGGGAGCUGUGGGGGCUGCACCUCAUGCCCCCCCGGAUCAUGGUGGAUUGCUGCCUCCCCAACGGCAUCCUGGUCACCCUGGAGUGUCUGCGCGAGGCCGCGCUGCUGGGCAUCAAACACGAGCUCUUCCGAGAGGCCCGGAAAUACCCCCUCUUCCACCUGCUGCAGGAUGAAUCCUCCUACAUCUUCGUGGGGGUGACCCAGGAGGCCGAGCGCGAGGAGUUUUUCGAUGAGUCCCGGCGGCUCUGCGACCUGCGGCUCUUCCAGCCCAUCCUCAAGGUCAUCGAGCCGGUCGGGAACCGGGAAGAGAAAAUCCUCAACCGGGAGAUCGGCUUCGCCAUCGGGAUGCCCAUAUGCGAGUUCGAGCUGGUGAAGGACCCCGAGGUGCAGGACUUCCGCCGCUCCAUCCUGGCCGUGUGCCGUGAGGCCGUGGAGACGCGGGAGGCCGGCGGGCCCCACAGCCAGGCCCUCUACGUCUACCCCCCGAACGUGGAGUCCAGCCCCGAUCUGCCCAAACACGUCUACAACAAGCUGGACAAGGGCCGGCUGAUGGUGGCCGUGUGGGUGAUCGUGGCCCCGCACCUGGACAAGCAGAAGUACACGCUGCAGGCGCCGCACGACGCGCUGCCCGCGCAGCUCAUCGCCGACGCCAUCCGCAAGCGGAGCCGCAGCAUGCACCUGGCACCCGCGCAGCUGCAGCGCUGCCUGCAGGAGUACCGGGGCCAGUACCUGCUCAAGGUGUGCGGCGCCGACGAGUACCUGCUGCACGAGUGUCCGCUCAGCCAGUACAAGUACAUGAGGAACUGCAUCGCCGUGGGGCGCCUGCCCCACCUCAUGCUCAUGUCCAAGGAGAGUCUGUACAGCCAGCUGCCGGCCAACGUCUUCCUGCUGCCCUCCUAUGCCCGCCGGACCGGGCCCUGCGCCCACGCCAACGGGGACCCACCCGCCAAGUCCCUCUGGUCCGUGCCCAGCCUGCUGCGCAUCAGCGUGCUGUGUGCCACCUACGUCAACGUCAACAUCCGUGACAUCGACAAGAUCUACGUGCGGACGGGGAUUUACCAUGGCGGGGAGCCCCUCUGCGACAACGUCAACACCCAGCGCGUUCCCUGCUCCAACCCCAGGUGGAACGAAUGGCUCUCCUACGACAUGUACCUCGCAGACCUGCCCCGCGCCGCCCGCCUCUGCCUCUCCAUCUGCUCCGUCAAGGGCCGCAAGGGGGCCAAAGAGGAGCACUGCCCCCUGGCGUGGGGGAACGUCAAUCUCUUUGAUUACAAAGAUACCUUGGUGGCUGGGAAGAUGGCACUCAACCUGUGGCCGGUGCCCCACGGCCUGGAGGACUUACUGAACCCCAUCGGUGUGGGGGGCUCGAACCCCAACAAGGAGACCCCCUGCCUGGAGCUCGAAUUCACCUGGUUCAGCCACGCGGUGAAAUUCGCCGACGAGGCACAAAUCGAGGAUCACGCGAACCGGAGCAUGUCACGGGAGCUGGGCCUCAACUGCUGCCUCACGGGGCUGAGCAACCGCCUGGCCCGGGACAGCAGCCUGCAGGAGAACGAACUGGAGCAGCUUCGUAGCAUCUGCCACCGUGACCCCCUGUCGGAGAUCACUGAGCAGGAGAAAGACUUCCUCUGGAGGCACCGCCAUUACUGUAUCAACAUCCCAGAGACGCUGCCCAAGCUGCUGCUGUCCGUCAAGUGGAAUUCGCGGGACGAGGUUGCUCAGAUGUACUGCCUGCUGCGGGAGUGGCCCCUCAUCGCGCCGGAGCUGUCCAUGGAGCUGCUGGACUGCAACUUCCCUGACCCCCGCGUGCGGGACUUCGCCCUCAAGUGCCUGGCGCAGGGGCUGACGGAUGACAAGCUGAGCCAAUACCUCAUCCAGCUGGUCCAGGUUCUGAAGUACGAGCAAUACCUGGACAACCCGCUGGCCCGGUUCCUGCUCCGCAAGGCUCUGACCAACCAGCGCAUCGGCCACUUCUACUUCUGGCACCUCAAGUCGGAGAUGCACAGCAGGACGGUGAGCCGGCGGUUCGGGCUGAUGCUGGAGGCGUUCUGCCGGGGCUGCGGGAUGUACCUGAAACACCUCAACCGGCAGGUGGAGGCGAUGGAGAAACUCAUCAACCUGACGGACACCCUGCGGCAGGAGAAGAGAGACGACACCCCGAAGAUGCAGAUGAAGUUCCUGGUGGAGCAGAUGAGACGCCCGGAUUACAUGGAAGCUCUGCAGGGCUUCAUCUGCCCCCUGAACCCUGUCCACCAGCUGGGCAACGUCCGGCUGGACGAAUGCAGGAUCAUGUCGUCGGCCAAGCGGCCGCUCUGGCUGAACUGGGAGAAUCCGGACAUCAUGUCGGAGCUGCUCUUCACCAACCAUGAGAUCAUCUUCAAGAACGGGGAUGAUCUCCGGCAGGACAUGCUGACGCUGCAAAUUAUCCGGAUCAUGGAGAACAUGUGGCAGAACCAAGGACUGGACCUUCGGAUGCUGCCCUACGGCUGCCUGUCCAUCGGGGACUGUGUGGGGCUGAUCGAGGUGGUGAAGAGCUCGCACACCAUCAUGCAGAUCCAGUGCAAGGGCGGCCUGAAGGGGGCGCUCCAGUUUAACAGCCACACCCUGCACCACUGGCUGAAGGACAAGAACAAGGGGGACAGUUAUGACAACGCCAUCGACCUGUUCACCCGCUCGUGCGCCGGGUACUGCGUGGCCACCUUCAUCCUGGGCAUCGGCGACCGGCACAACAGCAACAUCAUGGUGAAGGACGACGGGCAGCUCUUCCACAUCGACUUCGGCCACUUCCUGGACCACAAGAAGAAGAAAUUUGGCUACAAGCGGGAGCGGGUUCCUUUCGUCCUCACGCAGGACUUCCUGCUCGUCAUCAGCAAAGGGGUGCAGGAGAGCACCAAGACCAAGGAGUUCGAGAGGUUCCAGGAGAUGUGCUACGCGGCGUACCUUGCCAUCAGGCAACACGCCAACCUGCUGAUCAGCCUGUUCUCGCUGAUGCUGAGCUCGGGGCUGCCGGAGCUGCAGUCGUUCGACGACAUCGCCUACCUGCGCAAGACGCUGGCGCUCGACAAGGCCGAGCCAGAGGCGCUCGAGUACUUCACGAAGCAGAUGAAUGAGGCCCACCACGGUGGCUGGACCACCAAGAUGGACUGGAUCUUCCACACCAUCCGCCACAUGCCCCUGAGCGAGGCCGGGCACGACUGA